AUGCCUUCCAGCAGGCGACAACAGACUCACGCCUGGCGUACAGCUGGAUCGGGCACGAAUUCCCGCUUCGGUGAAGCCACUUUCAGGUCCUUGCUAUCUCCUGGUUGGUGGAUAGCGUUCGCGCAAAGGCUGUUUCAGUCGUCGAUAGAAUGGUGGAAAGCUGCGACUCUGAGAGCGCGGUUGGCAGUGUUUGCAUUGGGCGCCAUGUAUGGAGGGCUGGCGUUGACGGCAUUGAUUCUAGGACCAGAGAAGAUUGCCUCGUUGCUGGGUGGCCUUGCAAGUCAGAUCUCUGCAUCGAGCCAGGGAAAGCUCUAUCUCCUGAGCGCUCUCGUCAUACUCUCAAUACCUCCUCUUCCGGGAUACGGUAGUGCCGUCACGCUUUGCGGGCUGGCGUACGGCUCCGCCUCCAUAGAGCCCAAGGGAACGCACGGCCUUUUUGAAGCUUGGACUUUGGCCGCUGUUGGAUGUCUGCUGGGGGCGAGCAUUGCUUUCGCUCUGCUCAGAUUCAUCGUCAAGGGUCCUGGAAAGAGUUGGCAAGUCAUUACGAAUGUCACGGAUGAUCGGAGGUGGAACGCCGUUCAGCUCGCUAUCCGGGACAAGGGUCUAGCCAUGGUGGUGCUCAUACGGUAAGUGCUGGAGUGGGAGCCACAUUCUUGAGCGGUAGCAGCCCCGUCCGUCCUGCAGUCUCGCGCUCACCGGCUGCUCCAUUCCCGGACCCGUUCGAGCGCUUCAGCUUCAGCCCCUUCCCCUUCUGUUGUGAGUACAGCACUCCGACCUCUACUGCACGGCAAUGCUUCAGGCACUGAUUUGGUCGCCUGCUCUUCGGCCUCAGACUCAAACCUCUUCUUUGCAGUGAGUCGGAACCAAACAGUUUCGUAGACGUGUAUGCAAACGCUCAUAUUCAGUCGUCACCCUCAGUCGAUGGAGUCUGUCAGCUUCUUUCAGUUCCUCGUAGCUACAGCGAUGAUUACUCCAAAGCUGCUGCUGCACUGCUUUGUAGGGGCGAGGACAAGAGAGCUUUUGGACAGCGGCGCACGGCAAGAGUUGGACUGGCACGCACGUAUGCUCAACAUAGCAUACAUCCUCGGAGGUAGUGCCAUCGGAGCUGCCACUGGAUGGUGAGUCUUUGGCGUUGCUACACAAGUUCUUGGAAUGGGCAGCGGAGAACUCGUCUGGAAGCUGAGACUCAUUCUCACUCCUCUUCUAGGUUUGUCUGGCGCGAGACCCAAGCAAUACUGUCCACAUAUGACGCAGAGGAGGGUCUAGAGGGAUCUUUGGAAGCAGACAGCUCGCCAAUGCUCGGCUCUCGACGAGGAAGUGUGAGGCGCGCUCGCCCAGACAGGGGGCGAGUCGAUGGGCCGAAUCCACAGCCCACACAGUCGAGUGGAGCGUCAAGACCAGAGUACGUUGAUGAGAGGCGCACCACACCCGGUAGAGGCGAAAGGGAAGCGGAUAGCCUACUACUCAACAAAGAGCCGGAUGUUGAUGAUUCUGCUACUUCUUCUCUUCCCUCGCCUGAUCCCGAUCACUUCGACGCGACCGACUCGUCCGACCCCUCACUCCAUUCACAAUCCUUCGAUACAUCUACAAAUGUACGUGGUUCUUCCUCUUCCUCUUCGUCUCGCCCUGCUUCAAAUUCUGCAACAGCGCCGGACUCGGCAAAGGCGCCAAAAUCGAUUGA